UAUUUGUAUUUUAUUUCGGUUUUUUUUGAACCAAUUUCGUUUACUUAAUUAAUUUAUACAAAUGUCAUAUCUUAAAGUUCCAUAUGAUCAAAAACAACCUUCAGCUUCUACAAAGUCUAAUGAUAAAUCCUCCAUAAAUCAAUUUCAUAAUAACCAAUUCAUUAAUACUCAACAAUAUCAAUCAUUUACACGACUUCUUGAAUCACCAAAGAAAACAAAUCAUGAAGAAAAAAAACCUACAAUACUAGCAACAUGUGAAUUAUCUUGGUCACAUUUGGUUCAUGCAGAAAUCAUUGCAGUUACAAGUGCAAUGAGGAAGAAUUCAAGGUGGGCUGGUAUGAGUGAUAAUGGUUUGAAUAUGGGUGGAUUAGGUAUAAGUAUGGGGUUGAGAGGUGGCAGAACUUCAGUUAAUGAAAUUGGUUAUAGAAAUAAGGAAAGUCCAUUAUUAAGUGGAUUUACUACACUUAGGGUGCAAAUCUCCAAUUUGUCUGAUGAGGGGGUAAUAGAUGCUGAAACUUUGUUAGAACCAUUUCUGGAAGUAAUCAAAUCAAGAGACACUAAUGGACCAAUAACAGCAACUGCAUUAGGAAGUCUAGAAAAGUUUUUAACAUAUGGCAUAUUAAAUAUGAAUUCACCAAAAUUACCAAUAGCAAUGUCAAAACUUUCAUCCGCUGCUACUCAUUGUAAAUUUGAAUCAAGUGAUUCUGUAUCUGAUGAAUUUGUAUUAUUGAAAAUUUUACAUGUUUUAAGGUUGGCUUUAACUUGUGAAGUGGGUAAAGUUCUCAGUGAUGAAGCUCUUUGUGAAAUGAUGGAAACUGGUUUGAGUAUGUGUUGUCAAAUGAGAUUAAGCGAAAUGUUGCGCAGAUCAGCUGAGUAUACAAUGAUUGUUAUGGUACAAACCAUGUUUGAGAGACUUAAAUCAUUGGAAGAAGAAUCUGCAGCAGGAUACUCACAAAAAGAUGAUGGUGUAAAUAGCACUUUGCAAGAUGCCACACAAGUGCGUAUGGCUCCACCAGAUCCAAAAUCCCCUCUUCUUCCUCUUUCUUCAGAAUAUGAUGUCACAGAAGCACCAAAUCCUCCCACAUUAUCACUUUCUGCAAAAAAUGGCGAUAAUUAUUUGUCCACACUGGACGAUGUACAAGAUGAACUAGUUGAACUAGAUAUUAAAGGAGAAGAAGUUAUUAAUAAUCCAUCUAAUCUAAUUCAGGAAAAAGAUAAUAAUCAAGAAAAUGAAGUCUUAAAUGAAGAUGAAAAAGAAACAGAUCCAAAGCCUUUCGGGUUGCCUUCGAUAAGAGAAUUACUGAGAGUUCUUAUUUCCUUACUUAAUCCACAUGAUCAUCAACAUACUGAUACUAUGAGACUUAUGGCACUUAGUAUACUAAAUGUUGCAUUUGAAGUUGGUGGUCGUACUAUUGGACGAUUUGAAACUUUACGUAAUUUUGCAGUUGAUGAAUUAUGCAAGUAUUUAUUUCAACUUGUACGAACCGAUAAUAUGACAUUAUUAUCACUUGCACUUCGUGUUAUAUCAACUGUAUUUGGAACACUUCGUCCAUAUCUUAAAUUACAACAAGAACUUUAUUUGUCAUUUUUGAUUGAAAGGUUAACACCACCUGCAAAUAGUUUAAUAUCAGCAUUUAAUGCUGAAUUUUCAAAUGAAAAUGGAUCCGGUGACUCACUACAGGCAUCAGGUGUUUCAGCACCUAAUACAAGUCGUGAACGCAAUUUACGUUCAAGUGGAGAAAACAUUUUUGCUACUGGUGAAGUAAGAGAACUUUUAGUGGAAUCUUUGGGACACUUUACAAGAGACCCCUCAUUUAUGGUGGAUUUAUGGGUGAAUUAUGAUUGCAAUAUUGAUUGUGUAGACUUGUUUGAGGAACUUGUUAAAUUUUUGAGUAAGAAUUCGUUCUCAGAUUCUACUGGAUAUUCUAUAAGUAAUUCGCAUGCUGUGUGCUUAGAUGCUCUUUUAAUGUAUGUAAAUCAUAUGGUGGAUAGAUUACAACCUGAGAAAAAUAACAACAAAUCAUCUACACGCGGAUUAUCCUGGGAUCAAUUGACAGCGACAGAUUAUAAUUUUGGAUUAAGACCUGCGACAUAUCAAUCUGCAGAAGAACUUUUGCGAAAAAAGCAAAAGAAACAAAUAUUGAACGAAGGAGCAGCAAAAUUUAAUGAAAACCCAAAGCUUGGUCUUCGAUUUCUUGAAGAACACGGUCUUAUAUAUAAUGAUCGUUCUGUUGACAAAAAUACAAGUCUCGCUUCUUUUUUAAAGACUACACCUAGAUUAAAUAAACAAUUGUUGGGUGACUAUUUGUCAAAACCAGCAAAUAUUGAUAUAUUAAGGGCAUUUAUUAAAUUGUUUGAUUUUAAAGGGAAAAGGGUUGAUGAAGCAUUAAGAGAAAUGUUGGAAUCUUUUAGAUUACCUGGAGAAUCGCAACAAAUCGAAAGAAUUAUGGAAACAUUUUCAAUAACAUAUUUUGAAACUGGGCCAGCUGAUAUUGAAACUCAAACAGCUACGUUUGUUUUGGCAUAUUCUAUUAUUAUGUUAAAUACUGAUUUACAUAAUCCUCAAGUUCGGCGUCGUAUGACAAUAGAGGAUUAUAUGAAGAAUUUGCGUAAAGUUAAUAAUGAUAAAGAUUUUUCUCCUGAAUAUUUGAACGCUAUUUAUGACGCUAUUAAAAAAAGAGAAAUUAUCAUGCCUGAAGAACAUGAAGGACAACUUGGAUUUAAUUAUGCAUGGAAAGAACUUUUAAGGAGAGCUGAAAAUAGCGGCCCAUUAAUAAUAUGUGAUGUGUCUGUAUACGAUAAAGACAUGUUUGUUUCUGCGUGGAAACCUACAGUUGCAGCUAUUUCAUAUGCAUUUAGUACAGCACCAGAUGAUGCAACGCUACAAAAAGCAAUAACAGGAUUUCAUCAAUGUGCAGAAUUAUCAGCAACAUAUAAAUUGUAUGAUGUAUUUGAUUAUAUUAUAAUGUCAUUAGCUAAAAUGACAGGACUAUUAGGAUCAAAAUAUAGUAAUGGAACAGCUAAUAAUUCAACAGUUAAAGUACAAGAUACUGAAAUAACUGUUAGCCAAUUAGCUGUCCAAUUUGGAAGGAAUUAUAAAGGACAAUUAGCAGCCGUAGUAUUAUUUGCUGUUGCUAAUGAACAUGGAAAUAUAUUAAGAGAUGGAUGGAAAUAUAUAUUGGAAAUUUUAAAGAAUUUAUUUAUAAAUUCAUUAUUACCGAGUAAUAUGUUGAAAGUUGAAGAUUUCUUAGCGGGUACAACGACAAUACCAUUGAAGCCAAAAGGAGCAUCAACGAUAAAACAAGAAAGAAAAAAUGAUGGAUCAUUUAUAUCAGCAUUAUCCUCAUAUUUAUUAUCACAAAGUAAUUAUGAACCCCCUACAACGGGAGAAGAAAUUGAAUUUAGUAGAUGUACUGUUGAUUGUGUUAAAGUCUGUAGAUUAGAAGAACUUUUUGCUGAUAUAAGAUUAUUGGAACAAGAAUCACUCGAACAUUUGAUGAAAGCGUUAAAAUUUAUUGCAGAUGGAAAUACAACAAUAAAAGUUGGAGAUACAAAGUUAUAUUCUAAUAAUAAUUUAUCACGUGAGGGUUCUUAUGAUCCUGCAGCCGUAUUUUUCUUAGAAUUAAUGAUUAAUGUAACAUUACAAAAUCGGGAUAGGAUACACUAUUUAUGGCCCAUUUUAUUUGGACAUAUUACUGGAAUUUUGAAAGAAUCUAAAAGUAAUAGUAUACUUUUGGUUGAAAGAACCGUUGUAGCAUUAUUGAGAUUAUGUAUUAGAUUAACUCAUAAGGAUGAAAUGACAAAUGACAUUUUACAGGCAUUAGAAUUAUUGGGAGCUUUGCCUAUAGAUAUUAUAAAUUCGGUCGGAGAACAAAUGAUGGCUGGCAUAUUAAAUUUAAUAAAAUCGGAUGCAUCAUACAUAAGGGGAAAGAAGCCGUGGGUUAAUGUAUUUACAUUAUUUAAAGCAACAGCAACACAUCCACAAGCAUCAAAAUAUUCAUUUGAAGCAAUAGCAUCAAUAAUCAAAGAAAAUAAAAAUAUUAAUAGUGAUAAUUUUAACGAAUGUGUUGAAUUAUUAACGGAAUUUGCUUCAGGCACUUCUGAACAUGAAAAUUCAUCUCAAAUUAGAAAUCCCAGGUCAAGAAUAAAUAAUACACAAGCUGCUAUUGUAGAGAGAGCACGUAAAUCCGUUGAAUUAUUACAUCAAUUAUAUAAGGAGAUACCUAAAUUAUUAAAUGAAUCUAAUGCUUCACCAGUGGAAGCAUGGUCAACAUAUUGGCUACCAAUAUUAACGGGAUUAAGUCAACAAUGUUAUAGUCCAUAUAAAGAAGUAAGACAACAUGCAUUAUCAUAUUUACAAAGAUCAUUAUUAGAUCCAGAAUUAGUAUCACAUGGGACAACGGAAUGGGUACUAAUAUUUGAUGUAGUAUUAUUUCCAUUACUUGAUCAAUUACUUAAACCUGACAUAUGCAAAGGAUUUGAUAGUAGUGAUAUAGAUGAAAUUAGAAUGAGAGCUUCGGGGUUACUGUGUAAAAUAUUUUUACAUUAUUUAAAUAGAUUGGCUGAAUGGGGCGGAUUAAUUAGUUUAUGGUGUCAAAUUUUGGAUGUUAUGGAAAGAUAUAUGACUACUGGUGAUAAUGAUUCAUUAAGAGAAGCUGUACCGGAAUCAUUGAAAAAUAUGUUGUUAGUAAUGUCAACAUCAGGAGUAAUUAAUCAACCAGGAAUGACAUCACCCACAGGUGUUAGUUCUAAACAAUCAGUUGAAUUAUGGAACGUUACAUGGGAAAAAGUUGAUAAAUUUUUACCUAAACUUAAGGAUGAACUAUUUCCUACUCCACCUCCACAAUCUACAGAAAAAUCAAGUUCAAGUAACAGUGCAAGUAAUAAUAAUGAAAGUAAUGAAAUUACUAUUAAUUUUGAAGCAAGUAAUGAAAAUUCGGUAUCUGAAAAUAAUGAAAAGGAUAAACAAAUUAUUAAAGAAACUAAUAUUAUUCAGGAUAAUAAAAAAAAUAAUGAAUUGGAAAAUAUAAUUUCUGUAUAAAAAAAAUAUAAAGAAUUUGUAGUUAAAUUAGAUUUUAGUGCAUUAGAUUUUAAUAAGCUAUUUAAUAUUUAUUAUACCUUU